AUGCGCCUGCGCCUGCUCUGUGUGGUCGCUGCAGCAGCCCUGUCGCCCGAGGAGCUCCGGGUUCUCAGGGAGCUCUUUCCGCACCACGAGGAGACGCCCUGCAUGGGGCCAAGGGUGGAGUGCAAGCAGGGCCACUUGGUGCGGCUCGACCUGAGCGGUUCGGAGUUGAGGCAGGUCCCUGAGUCUUUGAGCGAACUGACAUGGCUGGAGAAGCUGGGUUUAAAGCAAAACCAGCUGAAGAGCAUCCCAGAGUCGCUGGGCAGCUUGACGAGGCUGAGGAAUCUUUAUUUGAACGACAACCAGCUGGAGAGCAUCCCCGAGUCGCUGGGCAACUUGACGCAGCUGACGUGGCUUGAUUUGAGGCACAACCAGCUGAAGAGCAUCCCCGAGUCGCUGGGCAGCCUGACAAGGCUGUGGAGCUUAGACUUGAGCGAGAACCGGCUGGAGAGCAUCCCAGAAUCCAUAAAACGCUUGACGAAACUAAUGAGCUUAGAUUUGAACGACAACCGGCUGAAGAGCAUCCCAGAGUCGCUGGGCAGCUUGAUGGAGCUGACUUGGCUGGGUUUGGAACACAACCAGCUAGAGAGCAUCCCCGAGUCGAUGGGCAGCUUGACUAGGCUGGAGAGGUUUUUUCUGAACGACAACCAGCUGGAGAGCAUCCCCGAGUCGCUGGGCUGCUUGACGCAGCUGAUGUGGCUUCAUUUGAACCACAAUCGGUUGGAGAGCAUCCCAGAGUCGCUGGGCAGCUUGAUGGAGCUGACGUGGCUGGGUUUGAGCCACAACCGGCUGGAGAGCAUCCCCGAGUCGCUGGGCAACUUGACACGGCUGAAGAGGUUUAACGUGAGGCGCAACCAGCUGAAGAGCAUCCCCGAGUCGCUGGGCAGCCUGACGCAGCUGACGUGGUUUGAUUUGAGCCACAACCAGCUGGAGAGCAUCCCCGAGUCGCUGGGCAGCUUGACAAGGCUGGAGAUGUUAUAUUUGAACGACAACUGGCUGGAGGGCAUCCCCGAGGCGUUGGGCAGCUUGACAAGACUGGCAAGGUUACAUUUGAGCCGGAACCGGCUGGAGAGCAUCCCAGAGUCGUUGGGCAGCUUGGCGAGGCUGUCGAGAUUCCAUUUGAGCGACAACCGCCUGCAGAGCAUCCCAGAGUCGAUGGGCAGCCUGACGCAGCUGACGUGGCUUGAUUUGAGCCACAACCGGCUGGAGAGCAUCCCCGACUCGCUGGGCAGCUUGACACAGCUGACGGGGCUUGAUUUGAGGCAGAACCGGCUGAAGAGCAUCCAGGACUGGCUUGGCAGCUUGACGUGGCUGAGGCACCUUUAUUUGAGCGACAACCGGAUGGAGAGCAUCCCAGAGUCGCUGGGCAGCUUGACGCGACUCGAGCAGCUUUAUUUGAGCAACAACUGGCUGAAGAGCAUCCCCCAGUCGCUGGGCAGCUUGACACGGCUGGGCUGGCUUGAUUUGAACGACAACCAGCUGACGAGCAUCCCCGAGUCGCUGGGAAGCUUGACGAUGCUGAUGGAGCUUGACCUUCGCAGCAACAGGUUUGCAGAGCUACCUGACGCAAUUGGCAGGCUCGGUAGCUUAGAGGUUUUGCAGGCUGACAGGAACUUCCUUACCGAGCUGCCCCAGAGUUUAGGACAGCUCGCCAACCUCAAGCGGCUUCAUUUGCAACACAACAAGCUCCAAGAUUUCGUCGCAGGUCCGGCUCUGCCGAGCCUUGAGGUGUUGCUUCUGCAAAGCAACCGGCUCCAAGCCAUCGAGCAAUUUUGUCAACUGCGGAACCUUACCACGCUGUAUCUGCACAAAAACCAUCUGAGCGGCCGCAUCCCGCCGUGCCUGUCAGCCUUGUCAUCUCUAAGAGUUUUGACUCUACAUGAGAACCGCUUAACUGGAGAGAUCCCCAGAGGGCUUCCGGCAAUGCGCUUCUUGAAAGUCCUGACGCUCCAUCAGAACAAGCUGUCGGGCCGAAUUCCUGCAGAUGUUGGGUCUUUUGCGCAGCUUGCAUUCCUGUCAGUGCAUGCAAAUGCUCUAACAGGGCCAGUUCCAGAGCUGAACUUAACAGACGGCUGCACGAACGACGACUCUUUUAGCAUGAUCGUAGAACAUGCUACUUUUGGCUUCAAGGAGUUCACGUGUGCAGGCCCCAUAUUGCCAUUCCUGUGGACGACCCAGAAACAGAAGCAGAUGUUCCAGGACGCUUGCCCGGAGCGUGUUCAUACGUGUGAAAAGGCUUCUGCGAGAGGCCCAACGCUUCUCCUGCACGGCAAUCGCUUGUCCUGUGGAGCUCCUCGCGACGUAACUGCUGUUCCGGAAUCCUUGAGAUCGCUGGUAGUCAUCGGCAACAUGUUGGGGGAUCCAUCAAUGAAGUUGCCUGCCUGGGUAGCAAAGGUGGAGCAACAACCGUUCCUUUACGUAUCCAUCUCCACUCUGCGCCUUUUGUGCUGGCGCUUGGCAGCUUUGGCGCUCCUUUUUGCAGGGGCCUGGCGCCUUGUUCUGGGCAGUUGGCGUCACCUGCAAAUCACAGAGGCGCUCGAGGACGAAAUUGAAAUCUCUCACCGCUUUCUCGUCACGGCAAGUGGUCUCUUCGCCCCUCUCGCACUGGUGCUGUUUUGUCUCUACGUGUUUGGAUCGUUUUACUACGAUGGGUGUGGAGAUGAUUUCUUGAAGAGCACCGCUGCUUAUUUCCAGAGUCCGGAAUGCGAACCAUGGCUUGGCUGCACGUGGUCCGUUUGGAGCUUAGGCUCCGCGUGGCUCUUGCGGCAUGUGCCAAAGCCUAAGGAACACCGUGGCGCACGCCCGGGCCGCCCGAGCGCCAAGACCAGUAAGGCGCUCUGGUGGAUUGUAUGGCUGGGGUUGGUUCUUCUCCUGUCGGCACCCUCCAUGGCUUAUGCCUUCAUGAGCACGCUGCCACAACAAAACCAGCUCCUGACGAGGCCCUGGGUGCUAUGGGCCGUCAAGAAUCAAGCUGCCUUAGUCAUGAUGCUGGUGGACAUGCUUGUCACGCCAAAGUUGGCGGCCAUGAUGUCGCAGCGCUCCCGCAUCAACCGAUCGAUGCUUCUCAUGGCUGCUCGGACAGCCACCAUGUGGCUCAACGCCGCUCUCUACACGAUCUACCUCAGUGAGCACUGCCAGCGAGGGUGGACGAGGUAUUGGAAUGUCUGCAAUGUGGCUUCCGAGGAGUACAAGCAGUUUAACAUCAGCUUGGGAGAGCAUCAACUUCUUGAGCCUGUCGCUGACUUAUGCGGUCAGAACGAUCGGUGGUGGGCCACGGAUGCUUGCGCGAGGUCUGUGGUGGGCACUCUGGCGCCACUGCUUCUGAGCAAGAUGAUCCAGCGUGCAUUGCUGCAACCAGUGAUAACGGUGGUGCUGUGGAAGCUCUCUGUCAAGGAAGACGGUUCACUCUACUUCACUCCCCUGCGGUUUCUGGGUGUCCGAUGGAAGAUGUGCACCAGCCGAAACCUCGACAGGGCGCAGCAGGCAACCUUCUUGGUCACAUUGGCAGAGGUGUUGCUGAUCUGGGCCCCCUUGAUCCCUCUGUUGCUGCCCACAACGGCCCUUGCGGUCGUGCUGAACCUCCGCGUCUUCCGUGUGGGGCAGCGCGUCUUCGGAGCCGAAGUGCCAAAAUUGGAAGAGGGCGAGACAGCCAGCAUGUCUAGGAAAUACAUGAUGGCCAGCGUGGUGGUGCUCCUAAUCUUUCAGAACUGGUUCGUCUGGACAUCCGAGAAGUCCGGCAGGUGGCUGCUGAGCCUUGCGAGCUGCCUGGCGGUCGGCCUCAUGGGCAGCAUGGCCAGCACGUUUGGAAGUUCUGGUGCCACUGAGGAGGAGUCUGUGGAGUUGGCGACCCUGGGGCCAAGUGCUUGA